GCGGCCCAGCGCCCGGCACUUUUACGCCGUCGAGGCGCGCCCACGGCCCAGACGAAGAGCAAGCACUCUGCGCGAGAGCGCUCGCGGCGGAAGGCAGCCUCGCGCGCACGCCGCGCUAGAUCCAAAGCCACCACCGGCGCCGAGCCCGGGGCAGCCCCCCCGCCGACCGAUAGAGGAUGGCGCUCGCCCACCGCCACGCCUGGGGCCUGAACACAAAUAUAGGAGGCUGCGCCGGCUGGACGGACAACGAAACAUUGAUAUACACGGCGGGCCACGCCGUCGUCCUCUACGGCGCGCGAAGCCAGUGGGACAAGAACUCCCAGAGGUUCGUGGCCGGGUCGGCCGACGGCGGCGGGGGCUUCACGUCGAUAGCCCUGUCGCCGUCGCGGCUGAGUGUUGCGGUCGCCGAGGCCGCGGACCGCGCGACAGUCAAAGUUUAUGAUGUUGCGACUCUACGAAGGAAGAAAACUCUAGAAAGACCCGACGUCGCCUGCUCGGCCUACGAAGCUUUAUGUUUUGGUUUAGAUGAUGACAAUGUGCUGGCGCUCGGUUCGAAGGCGCUGGUGCUCGCGUCGUGGUCCUGUUCCUCAGGUAAGGUCCUCGCCACUACGUCGUUGGUGGAGCCGAACGCGUCUACGUAUGUUGAUUUGAGGCACUCGCCACUAGACCGGGUCGUCUCCUGCUUGGCGGGCGACGGUCUGCGAUUCUGCCGCGCGGGGGCGCCGAGCGAGGGCGCCGCUGAGGAAUUAAGACCGUUGCCGCCCUGCACCGAAGUCAUAGAAGGAGAACUACGGUGCCACUGCUGGCUGACGCACUCCGAGCAUCGCGUCGUCGCCGGCACGUCCACGGGUGCGCUACUCAUCUACGAGGCCUGCCAGUACGCGUGUAAACUCGACAUUGAGGUCGAGGGCGGCGUGGCGAGCGUGGCGCCGCUCGCGCGCGGGCUGGUCUGCGGCUCCCAGUUGGGCAGCGUGCACGCGUUCGGCCCCGGUGCGUCGGACGACCUUUGUACGUUAUUCGCCCCGAACUUUGUGGUUUCCAUCUCGACGUCGCCCGUCAUCUCCCUCACGAAUAGACCGGACGAGCUCGAGUGCGCCUGCGUCACGAGUGAUCGGCAGUGCUCUAUUAUAUCACUAGAAGACGCCGGCGGCGGCAAACGCAAGGAGCCGGACUUGGUCAUGCCUUCCCAUUUCCGAGGAGCCGUUACGGGUCUAGAUGUCUGCGCUAGAAAACCAUUAAUCAUAACGUGCGGCGAAGACAAAACUGUACGAACGUGGAAUUAUGUCACAAGAGAGGCGGAACUCGUCAAAGCCUUCGCCGAGGACCCGCUGUCCAUCGCCUUCCACCCGUCCGGUCUGCAUUGCGCCAUUGGAUUUAACGACAAGAUAAGGUUGGCCCAUUUGUUGGUCGACGAUCUGAGGGUCUACAGAGAAAUAAACGUCAAGCAAUGCAGGGAGGUGCGCUUCUCGGAGGGCGGGCAAUUUUUCGCGGCGGCGAACGGUACCGCCGUUUCGGUCUAUGAUUUCUAUGAUGGGUCGAAGUUAGCUGAUUUGCGAGGCCAUAGCUCGAAGGUCAAGAGUCUGAGGUUCGGCGACGGCGACUCUACAUUAGCCACCGGAGGCGCCGACGGCGCCAUAUAUGUCUGGGAGUGGGCCGACGGGAAGAGGCUCGGGGAGUUCGUCCAGAAGGGAUCGGCGUACUUAGAUGUUGUGGUAGCCAAGGAUGCGAUCUUUUCUGUGGGGUCGGAUAACAUACUGAAGGAGUUCGCGCGGCCGGACAUCACGCCCACGAAACAAUUGGACGGGCAAGGCUCAUUGUUAGGUCAUUUAGUACUGAAAGACGAUACGAUCUACGCGGGUACGUGUAAUCAGGGCAAGCCCGGGAGUUUGCGAGCGUACGCGCACCCUUUGACCGGUGACUUUCUGGAGUACGCCGCCGUCGGUGCGGAGAUGACUCGUCUGAGAAGUACGAGGGACGGCCGUGUGCUCGCCUGUUCUGGUUCAGACGGUUCCAUCUUGGUGUUUGACGUGAAAGCCGAAGUAGAAAAGGCCGAGAGGACUGGAUUACAAGACAAGGCGAUUGGCGGCUUGAAAUACGCUUCCGAGGUCAUGGCGACCAAAACCGAUCUGGAGGAGCGACGCUUCGCCAUCCAGGAGAAACGGUCCAAGUUAGAAGAAUUACAGCUCCACAACGAGUAUCAACUCAGACUCAAGGACAUGUCCUCGUCCGAGAAGCUCAAGGAGGUGGGCGAGAAGUACCAGCAAGACCGCGAGGCGGAACGCAUGCGUUACCAACUGCUCGGGGAAGAAAAAGAGGAGGUCGCGGACGAGUGCGAGCAGCGCAUCGGGCGCAUGGAGGAUACCCAUAGACAUGCUCUCCAAGAACUAGAAAAUGCCUACCAACAAAAGAUCAUGCUCGAAGUGGAGAGGUACGGCCAGCUCGAGAAAGAGCGGGAAAUGUCGAGAAAGCGCUGGGACGAGCGUCGGAGUACCUUACAAGAAAAUCAUAUGGCGUAUGUUUCGGAGCUGCAGCAGGACUUUGAACGCAAGUUGACCGAGGAUAAGAAUAGGCGGGCGAAUUUGGAAGCUCAAAGGGAGACUUUAAGGAAGGAGCACUUAGAAGCUAGAUCUCAAUUAGACGACGACAUCGACGUCGAGAUUCAAAACUUGAGAGGCAAGUACGACGCGAAGCUCGCGGACGAAAGAGAAGCCUCUCUACGCUACAAAGGAGAGAACGGCAUCAUGAAGAAGAAGUUCACGGUCAUCAACCAGCAGCUCGAGGAACACGCCGAGGAGAUUAAACAAAGGGUCGAGACGGCCGAGGACCUGAAGGCGACGAUGCGGGCCCUCGAGAAGGAGAUCGCCGAGGAGAAGGAAGUUAUUAAGAGUCGAGAUGAUCAAAUAGGCGUCCGGGAGAAGAAGAUUUAUGAACUGAAAAAGAAGAACCAAGAAUUGGAGAAAUUUAAGUUUGUCUUGGAUUAUAAAAUAAAAGAGCUCAAAAGGCAGAUCGAGCCGCGGGAAGCGGAGAUUUCUACCAUGAAGGGUAAAGUGAAAGAUAUGGAUGGGGAACUGGAAAAGUAUCACGCGUCGAAUGCCCAGUUAGAUAACAUGAUUGGGACACUGCGGACGAAGAUCGAUUCGACCCAGAAAAGCAUCUUGAAAGGUAGGAGAGUCAUUGGGGAUCAACAAUCUUUGAUUAGAAGGUUCAAGGCCGAACUCCAUUGCUGCGCGGACGACAUCCAGGACCCCGAGAAACUCAAAAAAGGUGUGGAGGAGUUAUAUGCGAAGCACGCGCAGUACGUCGAAGCCGAUAGUGGGGAGGGCGUCGAUAAAGGUGUCAAGGAGGAGUUCGCGCGGCUCGAGGACAAUCUCAAACGGAUGUUGAGUGAUCUGCAGGAGAACUAUCGGAGAGAUGCGGAUGAAAGGGCCGCGGAAAACAUGCGCCAGAUGACCAACAACAUGGCUCUCAUAAGAGAGAUCACGCGGCAGCGUGAGAGUAAUCGAAGGUUGCGGAGUCAAGUGGACAGGAUGGAAAUGCAAUUGAAAGAACGAGCGCGGGACAACAAGGGGCCGGACCCGGCCGUCGUUGCUAGGCAGCAUGCCCGGGCGCAAGAAUUACAGAGGCUCGUGGACCACUACGCGUCGACGCUCGAGGCGGCGGGCUAUUUUAUGCCCUCGGGCGAUGGGUCGCUGCCGCCGGCGCCCGUAAGUACCUAGUCCUA